AUGGACAACACAGCUAGGAAACUUCAGCUAAAGUCAGAGGUAGGACUGAUUGGAGGAGUGUCCCUUGUUGCAGGGGUCAUGAUCGACUCUGGGAUCUUUAUGUCCCCACAGACUGUGCUGCUGGACAUUGGGAGUCCUGGGGCUAGCUUGGUGAUCUGGGCUGGCUCUGGAUUGUUGGCAAUGCUGGCAUCACUGAGCUAUGCUGAACUGGGAACAGUGAUUCGUGAAUCUGGAGGUGAAUACGUCUACAUACUGCGCACUACCGGCAACUUGAUGGCAUUUCUCUUUGCUUUCACCUCUGUGCUUGUUGUAAGGCCAGUGAGUAUGACUGGACUGGCUCUCAGCUUUGCGCUCAAUGCUGUUGCACCCUUCUAUGAAGACUGUGAAUCCCCAGCCCUUGUAGUGAAGUCUGUAGCUGCAUGUGGAAUUGUCUUCUUGACCAUAGUGAACUGCCUGAAUGUGCGCUCCUCCAUGGCUGUCACCACAAUCCUCAUGGUAGUUAAGUUCCUUGCACUGGCAGUUAUUUCUAUUAUUGGUGUGAUUUUGCUCAUCCAAGGAGGCACUGGAAAUCUUCAGAAUGCAUUUCAGGGGACCAGCUCCAGCAUUAGUGUGACUGGAAUGGCUUUCUACCAGUGUCUGUGGGCCUAUGAUGGUUGGAGCACUCUUAAUUCAAUCACUGAAGAGCUUAAGCAUCCUGAGGUAAAUCUCCCCCGGGCAUUAAUGAUUGCCAUCCCGAUGGUAACCAUCCUCUACUUGCUGGUUAAUGUCAGUUAUCUGGCUGCCAUGACUCCAAGAGAAAUGAUGGUAUCCAGUGCUGUAGCAGUUACUUGGGGCAAUAAGGUCCUGGGUAGCUGGGGCUGGGUGAUGUCUAUUGCUGCAGCACUGUCAUCCUUCGGCUCUCUAAAUGGAUCCUUUUUUAGCGGAGGACGAGUUUGUUUUGUCGCUGCCCGAGAGGGUCAUAUGCCUAACAUCCUAGCCAUGGCUCAUGUGCAGCGUCUCACUCCUUCUCCAGCUCUCAUCUUCACCACCAUCAUCUCCCUCAUUGUACUCAUUCCUGGAGAUUUUCAGGGUAUAGUCAACUUUUUCAGCUUUACAGCCUGGUUCUUCUAUGGAGUUACGAUAGCAGGGUUACUCUAUCUAAAAAUAAAAUUUCCUGAUCUUCCUCGUGCAUACACGGUACCCAUUAUUAUUCCUAUCCUGGUGCUGCUGGCAGCUGUUUUCCUGGUUCUAGCUCCGAUCAUUGACAAUCCUCAGCUCGAAUACCUAUAUGUCACCCUCUUCACUCUAAGUGGUGCUUUGAUUUAUAUUCCAUUGAUUCACUUCAAACUGUGUCCACACCUGCUGGACAAACUCACAGUGUUCCUGCAGCUCUUCCUGGAGGUUGCACCAGCUGAGAAAAAUGUAUAAAACGUCACAUCACUCUUGGAGGAAGGUCAAUAUUUGUUUCUAAAUGUUCCCAAAGAAAUGUUUUACCAAAUUUGUCAGUCAGUUACAGCCUAAAUUGUUUUUUCUUUUUUCUUUUUGCAAUGUUUUUGUUAGCAGUUUCCAAAGGCAUUGUGGCACAAAGAUUACUAUAAAAUUUUUUGCAAUGUCUCUAAAUGUUCCCAAAGAAAUGUUUUACCAAAAUUGUCAGUCAAUUACAGCCUAAAUUGUUUUUUUUUUCUUGUUCUUUUUUUUUUUUUUUUUUUUGCAAUGUUUUUGUUAGCAGUUUCCAAAGGCAUUGUGGCACAAAGAUUACUAUUAAAUAAUACAGCAAAUACAGUUUGUUGUAAAUACUGUAUUAUAUACUGUAUUACUGCCAUUUAAUCCAAUGGGAUUAAAUUCCCUAUUUUAGUGC